AAAGGUGGUGUAUUAAGUGACUUUUUUGAGCUUUACUUCAAGUUAUAAUGCUAUUCCCUCAUCAAAACAUACCUGUAGCAUUGCUUUAUUCUUUCAAGUAUGUUAGAGAAAUCCUUCAAUCUUCCUGGUAACCAUUUGGGGUGCAUUAAUGCUUGCUCUCACCAAGCACCACAUCCCUCCCUGUGUUUCCCCCACAGAGUUCCUCCAGACUAGUGGCAGGAGCAAUUAGGAAACACCUGGUGGAACUGCAUAUCUGCAGAACUCAUCAUAUGACCUACAUCUUGGUGCAAUGCUCUCAAGAACGUUGUUAAAGGCUUAAUGGAGAAACAUUGUUGUGAUAAGGUGCUGAAGGCGAAGUGGCAAAAAGAGCAGGAACCUCUUAAAAAGACAGAGGUCUAAAUUGCAAUGCAUUAAAUGCAGCAUAUCAACUGACAGUUAAUGUAACACUUAUCAACUUGGUAAAAUGUGCUCUGACAUUAGAUGUUAAUAUUACACAUAUCACCAGCUGCACAAUUUUGGCAACCACUCAAACUCUGCUAUAUUUGGAACAGAACCUUAAUACAGAAGUAACUUCCCCCAACUUCAUCCUCAGUGAGACAGUAGAGUCCACCAGGGUUAGAAGCUUAAAUUUCCCUCAAACAACCAAACUACUGUAUAUCCACUUAAAAUAUUUGAUUCCAUUUUAAGGAAGCUAGAAGAUCCCAACAAUCCCAACAUAUGAGUACACACCCUAGGGAUCCCCAGAUGUUUUUAGGCCAUCCCUUGACUAUUCAUAAUGUUAUGGUUAAUUGAGUAAACCCCCACUCAAUAUGAGAGAGUAGAAAAGUGAGUAGAAAUGGCAGGGAAUUAGUGAAACACACAGGGGAAGGUGCAAGUAAAGAGCUAAAAGGGUCACGCUGAGAUGCCUGAUUGCUCCCCUGAGAGGUGGAUGAGAGGGUGGAGGGAAAGACAAUCCAAGCAAAUGGAAAAGAUUGGAUGUUGUCAGAUGGGUCGUCCUUUAAGGUGGUGACUCCAUUGUUCCUUUUGUUAGGUGCUUCUAUAUAGCUUGGGUGAAAUGAGAUCAUGCUGACUCAUACAAAAUUCACUUCAACUAAUUGGUUUAGUCUUGUUCCCAUGUCUCUACUAUAAGUUCAUGGGUUAAUUUUUACUUUAUUAAAGUACCAUCAUAUUUUCUGUUGCGUAUUUGUUGGGCCUCUGUUUUAGUAUUCAGCCUAUGUCUUAUUGAUUUAAAAAAAAGAAAAGAAAAACAUCUUAUUGAUUGCAGGUUAACACACUGAGCAACAGUAUUGAUUACCACCUUCUUUUACGCCAGUAUCAGACCAGUAAGACUUUUAUUAUUGUCAUCUAAUUAGCAGCAACAUAAACCCAUUAAUAAUUAGAAAUGCAUUGCUAUCUCUGGGUGCAUUCUAGGAUUUUGCUUUUGAAUAACCCAAAAUGGAGUAAUUUGCUGAAUUGUAGCUUCAUGCAAAGCCGCAGGUGACCUGCAGAAUGUGUGUUUGUGUCUCAGAGGAGGGCGGUUAAAGCAUGUGUGUUUCAGCAAAUACUGUCUGAGAGCAGCUGGGCAGGGCAGGACUCACAGGCCAAUGACAUCAUCCAUGAAGAAGGAGAGACAGUCGAAAGCGCACAAGCAAUCGCUCCUCAGGCAGUAAGAGGAAGCGGGCCCGCUCAGAGCAGGAGGCGUUGAGCAGCAGCAGCAUGAGAGCGGGACAAUGUCUGAGAGGCGGAGGUGCACACAGCGCUGAGCUGACUUUGACAAGGAUAUAGGACUCGGUCUGGGAAUUUUUCUUCUUUUGUUUUCCUCUCCUCUUUCAUUACUCCAUCCCUCCCCCUCCCCACUCCCCUCUCUCCUCCAUCCUCUGAAAGUUAUCCCCUCUCUGAGCUCCUGCUUCAGGCGGCUCCUCCGGGCAUGCUCCUUAAGCCAAAGUAUGACCGCUUUCGCAACGAGUCUGUAACCUCCUCUGACGACCUGAUGCAGAGCUUAGCCAUGAGCAGCAAAGUCGUGGCCACACCGGGGGUCUCCUCCUCCGCACAGAGUCUCCCCCUGCCUCCUUUGCCUCCUCUGGAUCCCAGCGCCAGGUCCUCCUCCUCGGUUGGGGCCGCAGCCCUGGCAGACUCCCCCUGCCUGGAUGGGGAGCAGGAGGCCACCACAACCUUCUGCAUGCUCAUCCCCAAGAUGCCCCAGUGGAAGUUCUCCAACUCCUUGCUCAGCAGAAGCCCAUCCAGCUCCAGCUCUAGCAAGGACUCAACCAAGACAGCUUCUUCUCAGGCCUCAUCUUCAUCACCAUCAAACAGGACCAGUGGGGCGAGCCCAGCCAGCGGCCCCGUGGCCAGCCUUGCAGCCGUACUUAACUCCUGUGACCCUGUCUGUGUCACCCCCUGUUCCCUGCAGGCUAUCCGAGGGCAGCGGGCCGUAGCACAAGCUGCAGCCUCUGGAGGUCCAGCAGGACAUGGAUUUGGGGUCGCAGCAGAGGUCAUGGUGAGCCCUGGUGUCUCCAGCAGCUCCAGGUCAGGAAUGAACCGCAGGACAAGGGUGGAGGGCAUGUGGCUGGGGGGAGAUGAGCUCCACACCAAGGGCAGCUUCAUCCACAAGCCCUCUCAGGGUUGGCUGCACCCAGACAAGAAAAUUCUGGGACAAGGAGCUUCUUACAUUGUUAGGUAUAUGGGUUGCAUUGAAGUGCUGAAGUCAAUGCGCUCCCUGGACUUCAACACACGGACUCAGGUGACAAGGGAAGCCAUCAACAGGCUUUGUGAGGCAGUGCCUGGUGGAAAAGGGGCUUGGAGGAAAAAGACCCCAAAUAAAGCUCUACAGUCAGUCAUGGGAAAGAGUAACCUGCGAUUUGCAGGCAUGAACAUCGCUGUCAACAUUUCUGUAGAUGGCCUUGGACUUCUCGUCCCAACUACACGACAGGUGAUUGCACACCAUCCCAUGCAGUCCAUCUCAUUUGCCUCUGGAGGAGACACAGACACACCAGAUUAUGUUGCAUAUGUAGCCAAAGAUCCAGUAAAUCAAAGAGCAUGUCACAUCCUGGAGUGUUCGGAUGGCUUAGCCCAGAGUGUCAUCAGUACCAUUGGCCAGGCUUUUGAGCUGCAGUUCAAACAGUAUCUACACAGCCCUCCUAAAACCAUGUCAUCUGUUGAGAGGCCUGUCAGGACAGAGGAGCUGGUGUGGGGGGAGGACGGAGAUGCAUCAGAGCAUGAUUACUACAACAGCAUCCCUGGGAAGGAGCCGCCUGUUGGGGGAGUCGUGGACUCUAGGCUGAGGCCCACUGGGGCCCUGCUGGGUCACAUCCACACCCAGCCACAGAGCAAAACUGCAACUCAGAUGGGCUCACAGGUCAGGAGAGAGCAGGGAUCUUAUCCACUCGGUCAACUCUGUUAUGAGCUUCAUUGGGACACUGAGACGACCUGUGGCUCAGAUGGUUACUUGUGUGCUGAUGGUCAGCCUCCAGGCAGCAAGGACUAUGAAGAACACCAGUAUGUAAAUACACAAAGUUUGGAAAACCUUGAAUCUUUUACGCAUGGAGCAGAUGGACAUAAAGGGGCUAGAGCACAUGAUAGUCCCAAAAAGGACCUCUUUGAUAUGAGACCCUUCGAGGAUGCCCUAAAGCUCCAUGAGGCAUGUGGAGGAGCUGUUGGGUCCAGUGUAUUAGUGGGUUCUGGUUCUCAGGUUGGAGGUGGGGGUGUUCGAAACGUAGAGGAUCAGUGGCCUAGCCCGCCGAGACGCAGAGCCCCUGUGGCCCCAAACGAGGAGCAACUACGCAGGGAAACGUGGUACCACAGUCGCAUGAGCCGGAGAGACGCAGAGAAACUCCUGGUUCGAGAUGGGGACUUCCUGGUCCGUGAGAGCACCACCAACCCUGGUCAGUACGUGCUAACAGGCAUGCACUGUGGCCUGCCCAAACACCUGCUGCUAGUGGACCCGGAAGGCGUAGUCCGAACUAAAGACAUGUUGUUUGAGAGUAUAAGCCAUCUUAUAACGUACCACUUGAAGAACGAGCUGCCAAUUGUUGCAGCGGAAAGUGAGCUUCAUCUUAAACAAGCUGUCCGGAGGAAACAGUGAACCACCCGGGUUGUUGUGAGAUGCUGAAUUCGUCUGGACUCUGGGAAACAUUUGGCCUCAGAACUGAAUAGAUGAUUUUUUCAUCCUGAAAGAACACUUCUACUUUUUUGCCUUGAAGAUACUUCCCAUGAAAGUGCAGAAUCAAGUCAAGCUCCUUCUUUCCUCUGGCUGUCAGCCUGAACCAAAUGUUUCAAUGUACGUCAUUAAUGCCUCGACAUGCGGACAUUAAGCGAACCAGAAUCCAGAAUGCCACAUCAUUAAGCAUAAAAAACUAACAAGUGUUUCCAGUAAUCCACGACUAAGGGUCAUUCUUUCUGCCAACAAUGAACUUGACCAGAGGAAAAACUGAAACCGAUUAUCUGUCACAGAUAUAAACUCAAGACAUGUCAGCCUUCAGAUUGAGAAGCAAAUUUCUUCAAAUAUGCAGAAAAUGACUGUAGGUUUGUGUGUCUGAGACGCAACAGACGGCCGUCUCUCUCUUUGGGAUGCAACGACUUGCUGUUUCUACAUCGGUCUCCAAUAUCUGAGAAGGCACAAAGAAGAAACACGGAUUCGGUGUUCGAUGUACGAGCUGCACACGCUUCUGUACUUUAUAUUUUGCCACAGUAUCAGCAAAACAUGAAGCUUUUCUACAUUUUCAUCAAUUAACAAAUGUGGUCUUGUUUGCUGUUUGUAAGGAGUUGAUCGCAGUAUAAUGAACUUACACAAGCCUGUGACCGAGCAGACUUACUCUGCGAUGAAUCCUCUAUCCUGAGUCAAAGCUAAUGUCUCCACUUCUAACUAACUGUGCAGGUACAACUCAAUGAAUUGGAAUAUCAGAAAUAAUUUAAGUCUGUAAUAUAAUUCAGAGUGAAAUUCAUAUAUUCUAUACAUCAUCACACACAGUGACAUCUCCUAAGCAUUUAUUUAUGUUAAUCUUAUUGAUUAUGACUUACGGCUACUUAAGUCCCAAAAAUAUGCUUCCAAGAAAAAAAAUCAAAAUAUUACAAUUUUUUUUUAAAAUAAUUAAUUACAACAAAGAAAUGUUAUAUUACGACCAUGUUGUGUGCUCUACAAUGAUAGGAUAGGUGAGAACACCGACGUGACCAGCAGAAGAAUAAGUCACAAAAGGUCACUGCUAAAGAAGCUGUCUGUUCAUAAAGUGCUGUUUCCAAGCACAUUAUUGGAGAGUUCAGCGAAGGUGACACACAGGUGGAUCACAGGACGUUGAAUAUGACUCGUAUUCAAGUUGCUCCUGCAAUAGAGACAUACGAAGCGUCAUACUAAAGAGAAAAGGCACUGUACUGUCGCUCAGUUUUCCAAAGUCAUCAUUUUAGAUGAAAGUAAAUUUUUAUUUUCAUUUGAAAAUGUAGGUUCCAGAGUCUGGAGGAAGAGUGAAGAGACACAGCUGUCAACAGGUGUUGGUCCACUGUGUUUUUUCAAGUUCAAAAUCAACGCAGCCGUCUGUCUAUCAGGGAAUUUUAGCGCAACUCUCUACUUACAAGCUGUAAAGAGAUGCUGAUUUCAUUUUUCAGGAGAAUUUGGCAACUGCCUACACUGCCAAAAGUACCAAUACCUACUUUAAUGACCAUGGUAACACUUUGCUUAUUUGGGCAGACAACUGUCCUUACCUGAACCUCAGAGAGAGGUUUAAGUCAGGAGUUUUACUUUUUGAAUUGAAUAACUAAGUUUUAAUUCCAUUAUUUGUUGAGAGGUACCUGCAUGCAUUUUUCCCAGUGCCUUAAUAACUACACUGGCAGGCAUUUGUCUCAGUGUACAUAAUGUGCAGUUCUGCGCUCAUUGCAAAAAGACUACAUUUUGUUGUCAUGCCAAUGAAAAGAUAAACAAAGUUCAGGAUAAUUAAGCUGUUAUAUUUGUAAACAGUGAUGUAAGCUGCUCCCGUUUUCUGCUAGAUAAUCACAGUCUUUCAGCUGUUUUUAUUAUUAAUCUCUUUUGUGAGAUCCUCAGAAAAGAUGUCUUUUCCUUUCACCGAUUGCUUUUCUCUGCAGUGAUUGGACUUAAAAUAGUGAUAAGGAUGUGCAAUCCCUCCGUUUGUCCCGGCUCAGGAAAAUUCGGUACUUUAAUGAUCAUGUCUGUGUAUUUAAGCUAAACAGGUUUGUGUUGUUUCGUCAGGGCACACCAGGAAGUGGCUCAUUACAUCUGUGUCACUGUAGUACUUUUGGAUUUUAUUACAUUUUUUUCUUCUGUGUAUCAAGGACAGGUAAAUUAGAUAAAUCUUUUGAUGAGAUCAGAAUGUGAAUAUUUUUGAAUGAUUCCCCCCCCCCUUUGCGUUCUCAGGAAUUUCUAAAAAAAAAAAAUUCCCCUUCUUCACUAUUAUGUUUAGUCAAUAAAAUAAAUUAUGAAAGGGUACAGAUAAAAUAAUGUGUUGUUAAUUGUGACUCCUUAACUUUAUUCAUUGACAGACCCUUGUCCCCACCUGCUAAUAUCAAUAAAAAUAUUAUCUAGAGGGGAAUGGUCAAAUAUUGCGUCUAUGGACCCCAAAUGCUGUUUUACAAAAUAUUAUUACUGGGAAGAUUAACUGGUUCCACACCACUGACUGUAAAAACCAAUUACUUUAAUGCACUCAAAUUAGGCUGUGUUUUUCUCACUUUUAGUGAGAAAUUAUGCUACUGAGUUAAAAGAUUAAAAAUAAAAAUAGAUGGUUUUCAUUUCAUUUUGAAGCUUUUAGACAAAAGACCAACAUAAAUGCUAUAUAUUUGUUAAAUGGAAGGAAAGAGAUAGUUUUCAAAACUGGAGCUAAAUAGUGAGUAAACCAUUUAUGUAUGUUUUCAACCCCUUUGAGUUAGUACAUAGGAGAACACAUUUAGCUGAUUCUACAGCUGGACGUCCUUUGAGAUAUCUUUGUACCAUCUUAACAAAAGCAAAUAAAGCAAAAUUGUUUUGCCAAA